CGUAACAUCUGACUCACUUAUCCUCCACAGAACAGAAAAUCUGAAAAAUAUGAAUUAUCCUCUCUCUCGCCCUUUUUUGUAACCCCAAACUCUCCUCUUAAUACCUCUGAAAAAAGGAAAACCAAAAAACCACCAUGAUAAUAAACCUCUGCUCCUCUCCACCAUCCUCUUCCUCUCUCAUCAGAUUGAUCAAUUCAAAGUCACCCAUUUCAGAACUCCCUCUAAAGCCCAAGACCCACUUACCAAAAUCUGUAUCUUGUACAUUAUAUCACUCAUUUUCUUCUUCAGAACUCAAUGUAAAUUGCAAAAAUCCAUUUUUACACCACAAGAGUAGACAACCACAUAGAAAUAGGCAAAAUUUCAGGUGUUGUGCUAUUGCUGGAUUUGAUUUUGGGGGUUUUGAGAGUGCUCAAUCAGUUCUGCAGGCAUCUGCAGUGUUAACAGCUAUCAUUGUGGUUCAUGAAAGUGGUCAUUUUUUAGCAGCUUAUCUUCAAGGCAUUCAUGUAAGUAAAUUUGCAGUUGGUUUUGGUCCAAUUUUAGCUAAAUUCAAUGCCAAAAAUGUAGAGUACUCAAUUCGAGCAUUUCCUCUAGGUGGGUUUGUGGGUUUUCCUGAUAAUGAUCCUGAUAGUGAUAUUCCUGUAGAUGACAAGAAUUUGCUUAAAAAUAGACCAAUCAUUGAUAGGGUUAUUGUUAUUUCAGCUGGUGUUAUUGCCAAUAUAGUGUUUGCUUAUGUUAUAAUCUUUGUGCAAAUAUUGUCCGUUGGAUUGCCUGUACAAGAGGCCUUCCCUGGGGUCCUUGUGCCCGAGGUUCGACCCUUAUCGGCUGCAUCCCGAGAUGGGUUGCUCCCUGGGGAUGUAAUUCUUGGUUUCAAUGGGAUUGAAUUGCCGAAAACCGGGCCUAAUUUGGUUUCUGAGGUUGUUGAUAUCAUUAAGAACAAUCCCAAAAGAAAUGUGUUGCUCAAGGUUGGGAGGGGAAAGCUGGAUCUUGAAAUUGGGGUUACCCCGGAUGAGAAUUCGGAUGGUACAGGCCGAAUUGGGGUUCAAUUAUCACCAAAUGUUAAGAUUUCAAAAGUUAGACCAAAGACUGUCAUAGAGGCUUUUAGUUUCUCUGGACGCGAAUUUUGGGGUCUGUCAUCUAAUGUUUUGGACAGCUUGAAACAGACUUUUCUUAAUUUCUCUCAAACAGCAAGUAAAGUUUCGGGUCCUGUUGCCAUUAUAGCAGUUGGAGCAGAAGUUGCAAAGUCAAAUAUUGAUGGGCUUUAUCAAUUUGCAGCUAUUCUCAAUCUUAACCUUGCAGUGAUAAACCUUCUUCCAUUGCCUGCUUUAGAUGGGGGUUCUUUGGCCUUGAUUCUGGUAGAGGCAGCUAGAGGUGGAAGAAAGCUCCCUACAGAAUUAGAGCAGGGGAUUAUGUCAUCAGGGAUCAUGCUUGUUAUAGUUCUUGGGUUAUUCCUUAUUAUCCGGGAUACGCUGAACCUUGAUUUUAUCAAAGAUUUGUUGUGAGCAUUUGGAAUGAUCUCUUCGACUUGAAUAUGAUUUGAAUUUGGAUAAACUCUCCCACAUAUUGGUAUCAAACAUGAAACAUGGGAUGAUUGCUGGUGAUAUUCCAUGGAGGUGACAAACUUAGUUCCCCCUGGUUGCUUUGACAUAUUUUGUAUGUGACAGGUAUCAGCUGGCUCCUCCUUGUUCUUAAGCUGUUUCAACCACCAUGGAUCUUCUUCAUUGUUCUGUAAGUCUUGUUCUUUAUGAUAUUGGAAACACCGCCAUGGGUUAUCGACUCAUACUGAAGUUUCCAUCAAAUGAUAAUUUAUGUGAAUAUAUGUAAGAACUGCAUUCAUUUGUGAUAGUUGGUGAUUCAGCACAUGGGUCAUAACAAGUUUUAAACAAGUCUUUGCCAUCUUAUCUAUUACAUAUUGAGAGAACUUCUGCUGCUACUGAACUCAGUAACAGUGAGAGAACUGCUGCUGCUACUGAAAAGCAUCAAAAACAUGUUCCUAUUAUAUUUUGAAGUUUGAGCAUUAUGUCAAUUGAACUCUCAUAUUUGAUAUUUAUUCUUGGAAGCUUACGAGUCAUUACUUAAAGAA